AUGACUGAUAGCUUUCUGUUUUAUUUCCGUGACAGUGGACAGAUGCUGAGCCUGGAGGAUGGAACCUCCUCUGGCAGUGGACAGGAAGUGGAGGGACCCAAGAGGGAGGGACCCAGCGAGUAUGAAAUUACCCUGGAGAAUAAGAAUAAACAGAUAGAAGAGUUGGAGCAGAAGUAUGGAGGACAUCUCAUAGCAAGGCGGGCAGCCCGUCGUAUCCAGACGGCCUUCCGUCAGUAUCAGCUCAGCAAAAACUUCCAGAAGAUCCGCAACUCGCUGUCUGAGAGCAAGCUGCCCCGGCGGAUCUCCCUGCGCCAUCCCAGCCCUUCAGACCGAAACCGGAAUACAGCCCAGAGACACAGUUACAGUCUGCAUCCAGGAGGGGGACAAAUACCUCUGCGCUCCAAAACUCCACCUCCUCCUCCAUGUCGUUCCACCUCUCUGCCACCGUCACCUGCAUCUGCCCCAGCUGCUGCUCCAUCUCCUACCCCAUCCACAGCUCCGUCUCCAACCCCAGGAUCCACACUCACACAGCUGGAGGACUGCUUCUCUGAACAACUGCACUCUUUGGCCCAGUCGAUCGAUGAGGCCCUUCGCGGUUGGAGCUUAUCAGAGGGUGGAGAGGGCAAGGGCCUGUUGAUGGACCCGGGAGCUCUUCGUGCAGCUGCGGAGAGCACUUGUCUGCCUCGGAGUGCCAGCUCGCUGCUCAUGGCCUUCAGGGAUGUCACUGUCCACAUUGACAGCAAUAGCUCCUACACCAUCUCCUCCGCCACAACGACAACUACAACCUCUCUGGGCAACACAGGGGGAGGAGGAUCGGGCAGCAGAAAGACCUCUCUCAGUGGUGGAGGAGAUGGCCAGUCUAUGGAAGAACCUGAGUUUCCGGCCCCUCCUCCCAGUGAGGAGCUGGAAAUGGUAGAUCCAGGAUCCAGGAGGGGCUCCACAUUGCCAGCUCCAGGAGGAGGAGGGAUGGAGGGGGAGACAGGUUCAGACAGACUGGGGUCCACCUCCACUUCUACCUCUGCUUCCACCUCCAUCUCCACGUCCACCCAGUCCAACCAGCAGCCUGCUCAGAUCUACACCCAGUACCAGCAGUACCACUACACUCAUCCUCAGCAGAUCCCAGGUGGGCCAAGCCCUGAAGCCCUGCAGGCCCUGGUUGUCUCUCUUCCCAGGGAUCGAUGCCAGGAUCCAGCCUCGUGCCGCUCGCCAACCCUGUCCACAGACACACACCGAAAACGCCUCUAUCGUAUAGGACUCAACCUCUUCAAUGUGAACCCAGAAAAAGGCAUCCACUUCCUGAUCACGCGUGGUUUCGUCCCAGAUACAGCCAUCGGUGUGGCUCACUUCCUGCUGCAGAGGAAGGGCCUGAGCCGACAGAUGAUCGGAGAGUUUUUGGGGAACAGCAAGUUGCAGUUCAACCGAGAUGUCCUUGAUUGUGUCGUGGAUGAGAUGGAUUUCUCCGGUAUGGAGCUUGAUGAAGCCCUCAGAAAGUUCCAGGCUCAUGUCCGUGUUCAGGGAGAAGCACAGAAAGUGGAGAGACUCAUCGAAGCCUUCAGCCAGAGGUACUGUAUGUGCAAUCCUGAUGUCGUGCAGCAGUUUCACAACCCAGACACCAUCUUCAUCCUGGCCUUUGCUGUGGUCCUCCUCAACACGGACAUGUACUCCCCCAACAUCAAACCCCAGCGCAAAAUGGGCCUCGAUGACUUCAUACGCAACCUGAGAGGUGUGGAUGAUGGAGCCGACAUCCCCAGAGAGAUGGUGGCAGGCAUUUAUGAGCGGAUUCAGCAGAGAGAGCUCCGCUCAAACGAGGAUCAUGUCACCUAUGUGAGCCGUGUGGAGCAAUCCAUCCUGGGCCUGAAAACUAUCCUGGCUGUGCCCCACAGACGUCUGGUGUGCUGCUGUCGUUUGUUUGAAGUCCCUGAUGCCAACAAGCCUCACAAGCAGAAACUGUCCCAGCUUCAGAGGGAGGUCUUCCUCUUCAAUGACCUGCUUCUGAUCCUCAAACUGUGUCCCAAGAAAAAAAGCUCGGCCUCAUACAACUUCUGUAAAGCGAUGGGUCUUCUGGGAAUGCAGUUUCACCUCUUCAGCAAUGAAUACUACGCCCAUGGCAUCACCAUGCUGAGCCCGUUUACCUCAGAGAAGAAGCAGCUGGUGAGCUUCUGCUCCCCGAGCGGUGACGAGCUCAGGAAGUUCGCAGAGGAGCUCCGAGAGGCCAUCGCAGAGGUCAACGAAAUGGAGCAGAUACACAUCCAGUGGGAACUGGAGAGGCAACAGGGCAUCCAGCCGCACAGCAUACACACCAACGGUGGUCAAGUGGACAUACACACAGGACACGGCUCUCCCUCAGGCCAACAGGACAUGUAUGAUAAAACGGGCAACAACACAGUAGAGGUGUCAAUUCACAACAGGCUGCAGACCUAUCAACUGAGCCAGCCCAGCAUUGACUCCACCCCCCUGGCCUUGACCGCUCCUCCCGCCCUGCUCAGCUCCGUGCAGCCCGGGGAGCUCCGCCCAGAAACUCUCAUCCAGUGCCAGCAGAUUGUCAAGGUGAUCGUCGUGGACCAGAGUGGACGAGGCCGCAUGGAGGCCUUUCUCAGCCAGGGCCCAGCCACGCAUCAGCUCAUCCAAUCGGCCAUGUCCACACCUGUGCGCGUCAGAGAGGGGGACGGACCCCAGCCCCCGCUGCCGCCACCGCCUCCACCUUACAACCACCCACACCAGUUCUGUCCCCCCGACUCCCCCUUGCCCCUGCACCACACCAUGCCUCUCACCCGCAGGCGCAACUCCAGUGGCUCCCGCAGCAUCGUCUGAGUCCUGGGUUACGAUGGUACCUUCAUCCAAACUCUCGCACACUUGCUGGAGAAGUGAAAUGGUCAAAGUAGCAUCGCAAGGAGUCAUACCGUCACAUGAAGGGACGACGGAGAAGGAAACCAACAGGAAUCCACUCACAGUGUUGUCUUGUAAACCGUCGUCUGUCUGGAUUUCACACUCUUCCUGAGAUCCCGUGACUUUGCUUUUUUUGUGUCACCUCUCCAGCAACUGUCUCUGAGGCAGAGAAGCAGACUCUGGCAACCAUGAAAGGACAAAGAACAGCUUUAAAUCUGAAGAUAUUUGUUACACUCGCGCCUUGUUGGGUGCAGCUUUUCAGUCUUAGAUACCACACACACACACACAGACAUACACACACACGCACACACAGAGCGAAGAAUCAUUUCAGCACUGCUAAUAUAGCUUCUCCACGCUGUAAUUAUUUUCCUCUCAUCUCUGCAUAAUGUGAAGACUAUCCGCUUUGAUUGUUUCCUCCAUUUUCUAGGGAACAGAGAAUGUGUGUGUGUGUGUGUGUGUGUGAGGAAACAGAUGGAGGAAGAUGGAAAAGAAAGCUCUAACAUUUCUAUGUUUUAGUGUAGUGUCGUAAGGAAGGAUGAUGUUACUCACUAAACUCAUCCUGAUGACAAUCACAUGAUCUGGGCUUCUUCAGUUGUGUCUUUUCUGCUCUUGUGUGACCUUCACAGACACGCAUGUUUGCCCUGGUUCUGUGGCGUUUGGCUCCCACAGUGUUCAGGAACAGAUGCGCCGCAUUGUAAAACACCAUCAACACAUAAUAUCUGCACCUCUGAGUCGUAUCCAGAGCUGAGCGAUUGUGUGCUCAUUCUGCUUAUUCAUGCACAACAGGGAGCGACGCUGGCAAUGCAUCCAAAACAAGGUUAAAAAAAGGCAGAUCACUUCCUCUCCUUGUAAAUUUACUCCUAAUGGCUUAUCUAGUGUGAAUAUUGAUGCUGAUUUAGGCUGUAUCUAUCCCCACAGAGAUUUAUCUUUAGUUUAAUAAUCGAUAACCUAAAAAAAGGAAAAAAGAAGCCUCAUGUGUGUUUUAUUUUUCCUUGCACACUGAAAAUGUUACACAAGCAGAGACGCAUAAAUGUAGUGAAUGUGAAGAUCGAUUAAUUAUUGAUUUCAUCAACGUUUUUGAGCUGGAGCGUGAUUGUAACGCAGAUUAAAAAUCAUCCACACACACACACCACGCACCUCUUGUACUUUUGCACCACCGAAUAAGUUGGAUAUAUUGUAAAUAGCUGAUAUAGAUUUAUUCUGAAAAAAGUGACGGGUUUGCCCAGUGUGUGUAUCUACGUAUUUGUACAGAGAAGAUAUAGUUUAAAAGGAGAAAAAUGAUAUUAUUAAAAAGAUUAUAGUUAAUAUUAUUCACGUCUAAUAUCAGGGGGGUUGUCCUUAAUCCUGCUACUUCAAGAGAUGGGGAAAUAGGCAGCUUUUAUAGAACACACUCCAGUUACCAUGGUACACACACACACACACACACACACACACACACACACAGAUAUCGUUAGAGAUCUAUAUUUGUCAUUAAAUUACCAUGUUGUAUUAUUACAGGAUUAUUAGGAGAUGGCUGUGUCACCUGUUAGGGGUGUGUAAAGGGCUAUGCUGUACUGGUGAACAUUUAACACACACACACAACACAUGCAUACACGCACACAUGCACACACA